AAGGAGCGAGGGCUGCGGCGGCCCCACCGGAGCAAGGCAAGGGGCGCGGGCGCUAGUCGCGCUCGCCCCGCUCUGGGCGGUGCGGGUCAUGGCUCCGCCCCCGGCGCCCGGCCGGGACCGUGAGAGCCGGGAGAAUGAGGACGGCUGGGAGACUCGGGGGGACCGCAAGGCCCGGAAGCCCCUGGUGGAGAAGAAGAGGCGCGCGCGGAUCAACGAGAGCCUUCAGGAGCUGCGGCUGCUGCUGGCGGGCGCCGAGGUGCAGGCCAAGCUGGAGAACGCCGAGGUGCUGGAGCUGACGGUGCGGCGUGUGCAGGGCACGCUGCGGGGCCGGGCGCGCGAGCGCGAGCAGCUGCAGGCGGAAGCAAGCGAGCGCUUCGCGGCUGGCUACAUCCAGUGCAUGCACGAGGUGCACACGUUCGUGUCCACGUGCCAGGCCAUCGAUGCCACCGUCGCCGCAGAACUCCUGAACCACCUGCUCGAGUCCAUGCCUCUGCGCGAGGGCAGCAGCUUCCGGGAUCUGCUGGGGGACGCCCUGGCCGGGCCUCCGGGAGCCCCUGGGCGAAGCGGCUGGCCCACGGGAGGGGUCCUGGGGUCCCCUCAGCCCAGUACCCCAGGCCCCGGGGACGACCUGUGCUCCGACCUGGAGGAGGCCCCCGAGGCUGAACUGACCCGAGCGCCUGCUGAAGGGCCAGACUUGGUGCCAGUGGGCCUGGGCAGCCUGACCGCUGCCCGCAUAGCUCAGAGCGUCUGGAGGCCUUGGUGACUAACACCAGCCCGAGGUUUGCGAGGGUGGGCGUGGCCUUCCCUUGCUCUGUUCCCUCCUCCCUGCGGUCCAGAUGUGGUGGGGCAAGGGGGCCUGGCUGUCUCCCAGGGCUGCCUGCUCUCUUCCUCCAGUGGCUGGGUUGCCGGGCAGUCUGGGAUGACCAGCCCAGUCAGGCCCCUAGCCCUGUUUCUUCAGGAAGUAUCUCUUACGGACCCCACAGUCCCGUCCCCCCCCCCGCCCCCCCCCCCGCCCGUGGGUGGAGGGCAGGAGCUACAGGAGGAAUCUUAGGGAACCAGGGCUUUCCAGGGUUUCACUGUCCCAGCCUUCUCAGGUACCGUGUGGAUCUGGGGGCAGGGGUGACCAGAAUGGUGCCGAAGUCCUUCUCGGGCCUGGGCACUAGUGACGGGACAGAGGGACACCUCAGACCCUGACAGCCCUGGCCUGAGCAGAAGCUUGAACUCGCCACUUGAGUCAGGACACAGGAGAGGCGGGUGCUUCCUCCACCUGCCAGAGAGAAGCAAAGCUCCCUGGACGUCUUGAGUCUGUGUGUUAGGUUACCACCACGUGUUCCAGUUUUCUUAAAUAAAGCAUCUUGGAGAGUUAGCUACCCUUCUGGAG